AUGAAGCGCGCCAAAACAUCCGAUUCAUCACCCAAGCAAUAUGUGUAUGUUGUCAUGCAUGAAACCUCGCUGGGUUACAAGCAAGGUGAUUCUGCCGGUGUGGCUGGAGUCUUCUCAACCAUUGAAGAUGCCACGAACUGUAUAAAGAGAGUCGUCAGUGAGGAGUAUGGGGGCUUGGAUAGAGAGGACGAAGAUACCUUUGAGGUCACAAAGCGUGAUGGUCUGUUGAGGUGGUACAGUAAUGAUACUAGAGAAGGCGACACGGCAAGUGUUUACGUGGAAAAGCAUACGCUACGUGCGCCAGGUUCCGAAAAGCAAAGAAGAUGGGAUGAUGACGUAGGCGUGGGGAGCGGGGUGGAGGAUGGGGAGGAAGGGGAGGAAUAG